AUGAAGAAAUCAAGUCAUCAACGCGCUCUCUGUGAGGAUCCAAAGAUCAUCAAUGAAUGGUUCCAGGUGGUUCAUAAUACCAUAGCAAAAUAUGGUAUUGCUGAACAAGAUAUCUACAACUUUGAUGAGACUAGCUUUAUGAUGGGCAUGAUAUCAACAGCAAAGGUUGUUACUGGAUCUGAAAUCAGGGGCCGACCUAGGCUCCUACAGCCAGGGAACCGCGAAUGGUAUCCUAUCCUACCAAAGGGCUGGGUAAUUGGAACCAGUGAUAAUGGCUGGACCAAUGAUGUGCUAGGAAUGCGCUGGCUGAAGGAGGUUUUUCAUGAGCAUACUAAAGCUCGUACAGCAGGCAAAUAUCGCCUGCUGAUUUUAGAUGACCAUCAUAGCCAUGCUACUGCUGAAUUUGAUCAAUUCUGCACUGAGAAUAUGAUCAUUCCUCUAUAUCUUCCACCCCAUUCAUCACAUCUAUUACAGCCGCUUGAUGUUGCUUGCUUUGGGCCAUUAAAAUGCGCAUAUGGGCAGGAAACGCAGACCCUGAUGCAGCUUGGCAUUAAUCAUAUUGAUAAAGAUGAUUUCAUCACCCUCUAUCAGCAAGCACGCCCACGGGCCCUGACUGCAUCUAAUAUAUGCAGUGGAUUUGCUGCAUCAGGCCUGGUUCCAUUUAAACCAGAGCAAGUGCUUGACCAGCAGUAA